UGAUCCCAUACGUAACACCCUGUACUUGGUACAGCAAGCUGGUAUACAGAAAACUUUCUCAGGAAGUUAGCACAUUUCUGAAAAUGUCAGUUUCCUGCCUAACCAACUAUGUCACAAAAACUAUCUGCUCCAAUGGAGGGUCCAUGGAAUACAGGGAACUUCACAGACUAGUAACUCAUUACUUCAGGAACAUGGACCACACCUUCAUUCAGAUCCUGGGAGACACUAGUAGGUUUUUUAUAGUUAACAGCACCAAGGUAAAGACUGCAGAGAGUGGGCUGUGUCCUGACAGUAAAAUCAUUGCUAAAACCUUGGUACAGUUGUGCAACCACUAUCCAGAAGGGAACUGUUAUAAUUGCGGACGUCUUCAUCUUUGUAAAUUUUUUGUUUAUCAGAACUGCAAGUAUGACAAUGAAAGGAAUAAAUGCAGAAACUCACAUGACCUUCAUUCAGUCCACAACAGUAACAUCUUGAGAGCUAAUCAGCUUCAGGGUCUGCAGGAGGCUGAGUUAUCCCAGUUACUGCUCCAGAAUGACCCCUCUCUUCUGCCUGAGGUGUGUGCACACUACAAUAAGGGCAAUGGGGAAUAUGGAUCAUGUACCUUCAAAACAAAAUGCACCAAACUCCACAUAUGCCAACACUUUCUGCAAGGAAACUGUAAAUUUGGACAGCAAUGUAAGAGGAGCCACAAGUUUGAUGCAAAUGCUCAGGAAAUGCUGGAGGGCCGGGGUCUCAGUGCAGAACUAAUAUCCAACCUGCCUUCAAUAUAUAACAAUAUCUACACCAUUAACUGUAGCACUGGCAGCAGUGCAGGAAAGAAAGUGCGUACAAGGGAAUCAUCAGAAAGCUCCAUCAGUGAUGUGGACAGUGAUGAAAUCUGCCUUUUUUACAUCAGGAAACACUGCAGUUUUAAAGAAAAGUGCAUUCGCGUCCACUUCCAUCUGCCCUACAAAUGGGAAGUGUAUAACGGGUUGACCUGGAAUGACUUUCCAAACAUGGAAGAGAUUGAAAAGGCUUACUGUGACCCAGAAAACACAACCAGUGAUGGAUCUCCACCAGUCAAUUUCCUCACAAUGACUCUGGGAUCAGCUAAAGUCAGACGCCUUUCCACAGCUUCCUCAGUCACUAAGCCCCCACACUUCAUCCUGACUACCGAAUGGGUCUGGUACUGGAAAGACCAAUGUGGUGUGUGGAUUGAAUAUGGAAAGCAAGACGAUGGUCAGAACGUCUCAUCAGUCAACACUGAAGUCUUGGAGAAUGUGUUUCUAGUUGAUGGGGAUGGUGUUGUUCCAUUCAGCUCAGGUGGUCAGCAGUACACCCUCAGCUUUAAAGACAUGUAUCAAAAGAACCUGAAAUACAAAACAAAAACGGAGGUGCGGAGAAGGCCUAGAUUUGUUUCUUCCAAAGCUGUGGACAUCAAGAUAAAGCGUGACUCUUCAGAGACACAAAGCUCAAAUGCUAUGUCUGUUCCGAGUCACUGGGACCAAGGUGCCUUGCCUAAAUUUAGAUACAAGCUGAUUGAACUUUCCAAAUCCUCUGGGGAAUUUCAACAUGUUGAAGGUCUCUUCAAGCGGACCAUGGCUGCAGCGACCGUUCAUAAGAUUCAAAGGAUCCAAAACCCCUCUCUCUGGAAAGUGUUCCAGUGGCAAAAAGAACAAAUGAAGAAGAAAAAUGGAGGGGAGAGUGUGGAUGAGAAAUUUCUAUUCCAUGGUACAGAGCAAAGCCUAUUAGAUGCCAUCUGUGAGCAAAACUUUGACUGGAGAAUCUGUGGAGUCCAGGGCUCACUGUAUGGGAAAGGAAGCUACUUUGCAAGGGAUGCCUUAUAUUCUCACAACUAUUCCAAGACCAGAACCGGUACCCAGAUCCUCUUUGUGGCUCGGGUGCUGGUUGGAGAGUUUACCAGAGGAAAAAGCAACUAUGUACGCCCUCCCCCCAAAGAUGGCAACAAUACCAGCUUUUACAACAGCUGCGUAGACUCCAAGUCUAACCCUUCCAUUUUUGUAAUUUUUGAGAAACACCAGAUUUAUCCAGAGUACCUAAUUGAGUACCAUUAGCAGGAGUAACAGUCUACUGCAAGAGUUAAGCAAUCAACCUGCUGCUCCUAUAGUAUAUACUGUUGAGGAAAUUGUAUUAAAGAUGUAAAAAAAAGAAGCUUCUUAUGCUUCUUCUACAGAAGUACUACAAUUGUAUCAUGUUACAUCGAGAUUCAAACCAUUCAAACCAUUUGGGGAUUUAUGUAAGGCUGUGUGGUAAAUUAAUUAAUCAAAAAUCAGUACAUUAUUGUGAUUGCUCUGUGUCACAAAUUAUUUGCAUGUUUUUUUUUUUUAAGAAUUACCACAGUAGUUUGUC